AAGGGAGCAGCUAUCAAUCAGUACCAUAGUGUGCUCAGAGGGCUGCUCAAUCAGUUAAGAGCUUGCGAGCUCAGUCUUUUCUUUCAUACGGUAACAAACCCUCAACGAAGGGGGUUAUACAAAAGAAAAAAAAACACAGCCAAACGAACGAACCUUGUAUCGCCGGAGGAUGAUAAAAAUAACUGUGUUAGCAAAGAAAAAUCGAUAAAAAAUAAAAUAUUUAACAAAAUUUUCUCUGGUGCUACUACCACUAGCUAGCAAAGCUGGCCGAGUGAGUGAGUGAUUGUUAUUGUGUGAGCAAAAAUCUAACCAUCCAUCCAUCCUAGGAGGACAAAACGAGAAGAAAACCAAGGAAUGAAUCAAUGUUAAAUAACCCAUAAUAUUCUGUGGCAAAUAACAAUGUGUGUAAGUGUGCGAAUGCGAGUGUGUACGAGUGUGUGUGUGUUGCUUGAGGGCUCUUAAAUGAGUCGAUGGGGAUAUAGGAUAUACAAAUAUUAACUAAUCGUUAAUCGCAUAGUGUUGUAACAAAAUACAACCCUGCGUGUGUGAAGUUCAUGACAUCCUUGUUAUUCGUUUCGUUCGUUUCUUUUCCUGUGCGACGACGUUGUCCAACAACGACAACGGCGGCGACGGCAACGGCAACGACGACGAAGACGACGACUACGAGUGAUGGCGAAAAAUUAACAGUUAUUUAUUUCUCUUCUGCUCCUGCUGCUAACUAACGCUGUCCAUUCUGACGCUGCUGCUGCCGUUGCUGAUUAAAUUCCACAUUCACACCCCUAAUCGAAGAGUGGAAGUAGAAGUGAAAGAAAGGAAUACCAGUGAACCAGGACACGCAAACGCUUAAACACUCCUCACCAGCUCACCGUCACGUUCAAGAGAAUUUCCGCCGUGAAAAGUAAAUAGUUAUAUACUGCGUGCUCACUGCCGACUGCGUAUUUUGUCACUGCUGCCGCAGAGUACCACCAGCCAGCAAGCAAUCAAGUGGAACCGUUAUCACAUUUGUUGAACGACAACGAGGACGACAACAGACAGGGGUGUUGUGUGAGGGUGAGGCGGCAACUGGGAAUUCGUUUUCGUUUGAGCCAUGAUUGAUCCCAGUUCCAGUGAAGAUGAGGGCGAUGAUGAUUCAACUGUUCCAUUGCAGCCACCAGCGAAGGGACGUCUGGGUGGCAGUACAUUGGCCGCAGCCAAGCCCAAAGUAAUUGCCACUGUCGACUCGUCAAGCAAACCCGGACCGGGUGCAGCCCGUCAAAAUGGCGAUGUACCCCACAAGGGCGCCAAUAGCUCAAUAUCAAGUGGCGGCGCAGGUGGUGGUAGCGGCGGCGGCGGUGCAACAGAGAGCAGCGACAAGUCACCCGCCUCGGCUGCAGCAACUGGUGGUGGUGGUGGUGGCGCGUCCAGCAAGAAUGAGUUAACAGCAAAUGAUAAUUCAGCUGGUGGCGCUGCAGGCAGCAUAUCACAGGAGACGCUCAAUCAAAGUGCUGGAUCUUCGUCACGUGGCAAUUCUUUGCCUCGACCCAUAUCACCUUCACCAUCAGUAGCCAGUGAUAAAUAUGAAUCGGGCGGCCAGCAAAAGCCAGGUAUUGAGGAAGAGGAGCGCAAGAAGCGCAUACAAUUGUAUGUGUUUGUUUCACGCUGCAUUUCGUAUCCAUUCAAUGCGAAACAACCUACCGACAUGACAAAACGACAACCGAAAGUGACAAAGCAACAGCUCGAUGCAAUCACACAAAGAUUUCAGGCCUUUCUCAAGGGCGAAACACAAAUAAUGGCCGAUGAGGCAUUUCGCAAUGCAGUACAAAGUUAUCACGAUGUGUUUCUAAAGUCGGACCGUGUGCUGAAAAUGGUGCAGCAGGGUUCGUGUUCGAUACAGGACUUCACCGAGGUCUUUCGCAAGAAUAUUGAGAAACGUGUACGUUCGUUGCCCGAAAUUGAUGGUCUGAGCAAAGAUACUGUACUCACCUCCUGGAUGGCCAAAUUCGAUGUAAUACUCAAGGGUACCGGAGAGGAGGAUUCCAAGAAGCCGGCUCGGUUGCAACAGUCGCUGAACAGUGAAUUGAUUCUGUCGAAGGAGCAAUUGUACGACAUGUUCCAGCAGAUUCUAAGUGUAAAGAAGUUCGAACAUCAGAUUCUAUUCAAUGCCUUAAUGUUGGACUCGGCCGAUGAGCAGGCGGCAGCCAUAAGACGUGAGCUGGAUGGUCGCAUGCAGCGGGUAAAUGAGAUGGAAAAGAAUCGCAAACUGAUGCCAAAAUUUGUAUUGAAAGAAAUGGAAUCGCUGUACAUUGAGGAGUUGAAAUCGUCCAUCAAUCUGCUGAUGGCCAAUUUGGAAUCGCUGCCAGUGACCAAGGGCAAUAUGGACAGCAAAUAUGGUUUGCAAAAGCUGAAACGUUACAAUCAUAGUACGCCUUCAUUUUUGAAGAUGAUUUUGCGUUCUCACGGCUCUCUCUCGAAAUUGGAGGGAGACUCCGAGGAAGGCAUAACGCAACUUUCAAAAUUGGACGUAGUUUUAAGUUUCCAAUUGGAAGUGAUAGUAAUGGAAGUGAAAGGGUUGAAAUCAUUGGCUCCUAAUCGCAUCGUCUACUGUACCAUGGAAGUUGAGAAUGGCGAGAAGUUACAAACAGACCAAGCCGAAGCCUCGAAGCCUAUGUGGGACACACAGGGCGAUUUUACAACGACUCAUCCAUUGCCUGUAGUCAAGGUUAAAUUGUAUACUGAGAACCCUGGUAUGCUAGCUUUAGAAGACAAAGAAUUGGGUAAGGUGACGAUAAAACCCACGGCUUUGUCAUCAAAAACUCCUGAGUGGCAUCGUAUGGUGGUGGCGAAGAAUCUGCCCGAUCAAGAUUUGCGCAUUAAGAUAGCCUGUCGUUUAGAGAAACCCCCCAAUAUGAAGCACUGCGGUCAUUUGUAUGCUAUUGGCAAAUCUGUAUGGAAGAAGUGGAAGAAACGUUAUUUUGUAUUAGUACAAGUCUCCCAAUACACCUUUGCCAUGUGCAGUUACAAAGAGAAGAAGUCCGAACCGGCGGAAAUGAUGCAGUUAGACGGCUAUACUGUCGAUUAUAUCGAAGGAGCUAGCGCUAGCCUUAUGUUUGGCACCGAUCUCAACGGUGGCCGUUUUUUCUUUAACGCUGUGCGAGAGGGUGAUAGUAUUGCCUUUGCCUGUGAUGACGAAAACGAAUGCAGUCUGUGGGUAAUGGCAAUGUAUCGCGCCACUGGCCAAUCACACAAACCGACACCGCCAGUUACUCAGGACAAAAAUUCGGCCAUAUCGAAAAUUCAGGGUGAUGCUGAUAAGGCACGCAAGCAUGGCAUGGAGGAUUAUAUAAGUGCCGACCCAUGUUCUCUAGAUCAUGCACUCUUCUUUAAAUUGCUACAAAAUCUCGCUUUAGAAUAUCGCCUUAAUGAUCAAUACGCUUCCCUAGGUUGGUUUAGUCCCGGCCAAGUGUUUGUGCUGGAUGAAUAUUGUGCUCGCUACGGUGUACGAGGUUGUUAUCGUCAUUUGUGUUAUCUCUCUGAUCUGUUGGACCGUGCCGAAAAGGAUUUCAUGAUUGAUCCAACCCUUAUCCAUUACUCGUUUGCCUUCUGCGCCAGCCAUGUCCAUGGAAAUCGACCAGACGGCGUUGGUAGUAUUACGCACGAGGAGAAAGAGAAAUUUACCGAAAUCAAAGAACGCCUGCGCGUCCUGCUCGAAUAUCAAAUCACAAAUUUCCGCUUCUGCUUUCCCUUCGGUCGGCCUGAGGGUGCCCUGAAGGCGACCCUCUCACUGUUGGAACGUGUGCUAAUGAAGGACAUCGUGACGCCGGUGCCACCCGAAGAGGUGCGACAAAUGAUUAAAAAGAGCUUAGAAUCUGCGGCCUUGGUUAAUUAUACACGCUUAUCAUCCGAAGCUAAAAUCGAAGAAGAUUUACGCGGCGAAGUUGCCGUACCUGCAGCGAAGAAACUGGAAGACUUGAUUCAUUUGGCUGAGUUGUGUGUGGACUUGCAGCAGCAGAACGAGGAACACUAUGCCGAAGCAUUCGCCUGGUUCAGUGAUCUGCUGGUGGAACAUGCCGAAAUAUUUUGGUCACUCUUCGCAGUCGAUAUGGAUCGUGUUUUAUCGGAGCAACCACCGGACACCUGGGACUCCUUCCCUCUCUUCCAAAUUCUCAACGAUUACUUGCGCGCCGACGACAAUCUGCGUAACGGGCGUUUCCAUCAGCAUCUGCGUGAUACAUUCGCUCCAUUGGUUGUCCGGUACGUGGACCUAAUGGAGUCAUCGAUAGCUCAGUCCAUCAACAAAGGCUUCGAGAAGGAGCGUUGGGAGAGCAAAGGCAAUGGUUGUGCCACAUCCGAAGACCUGUUUUGGAAACUCGAUGCCUUACAAUCGUUCAUACGCGAUCUCCAUUGGCCAGAGCAAGAAUUCCGCCAGCAUCUAGAACAGCGUCUAAAAAUGAUGGCAGCAGAAAUGAUCGAACAAUGCAUAGCUCGUACGGAUGCGUCGUUCCAAUCAUGGCUCAAGAAGAAUAUUGUCUUUGUCUCAUCAACCGAUUACAUAGUUCCCACGGAAAUGUGUGCCAUGGUAAAUGUGAUAUUAAAUGCGAAAAAUCAAAGCUUCAAAUUGACAACAAUUGACGGAAUUGACCUGUAUAAAUUUCAUGCGAAAAUUGACGAUCAGCUCGAUAAAGCGAAUGUAGCUAUGACACAAGGCCUCAGCGGUAAACUUAUGUCUGUGCUAGAGUCGACUUUGUCCAAAUUGGCACGCUACGACGAGGGUAGCCUAAUUGGUUCGAUUCUCAGCUUUACAAAUGUCUCCAGCUCGGGCAAAGAUCUUGGCCAAGGUUAUGUUAUAUUCUUUCGCAAUAAUAUGGAACAGAUACGCGGCAAAAUUGGCGACGACUUGUGGACAUUGAAUUUCUUCGAACAAUGGUACACGCAGCAAAUUAAUAUGCUUUGCAAUUGGCUUUCUGAGCGUUUGGAUCAUGCACUCCACUAUGCUCAGGUGCAGGCGUUAUCCCACAUUGUGAAAAAGAUCUAUUCGGACUUUGAGUUGCAGGGUAUGUUGGAGGAAAAGCUAAAUUCUAAAGCAUAUCAAACUGUUGCCCAACGUAUGGCUACCGAAGAAGCGACUUGUGCUCUAACCAUGCCGGAUGUUGCAGAAGGUGAUGAAACUCUCGAGGAUGGCAGUGGUAGAGCACUCGACGGCACCGAGGAGGAGGGUGUCGUUGAGGAACCCGGGCCACGCGUUAGAAUGCCACAGCCGAAAGAUGUUACGGCACAGGCGGCGGCUGUUACCAACGUUGUGGCCGGUCGCGUCGGUAAUCUCCUCGGUAAGGGUAUCGGCGGCUUAAGCUCAAAACUUGGUACUGGAGGUUGGUUCUAAUGCCAAUUCCGGCCGAUCAUUAGUAAGGUGGUCAUUAUAAUACUUACAAUACAUAAUAUACAUGCAUAUAUAUUCCUGCUGCUGCUGCUGCUGAUGGAGUUGGUGAUGGCAAGCUGCAUAUGAUGAUGAUGAUGACCACAACAACAACAACAACUAACCACACAAUCAAUGUGUAACACCACCAACAAAACUUUCUUCUCUUCAACCUGUAACCUUGUAACUUUAACUUUAACUACAACAAACAACAACAACAAAAACCCAAGCAACCAACAACAAGAAACAUCAAACAACAACAAAUAUAUAGGCACAUUUAUGGAACAAUAUAUUAACGAAUAGAUACCAAAAUUUAAAUUUUAAAUUAUAUCUACAUAUUAUAAUGAAUUAUAUAAAAUAUUAUUAUUAUUAAUAUAAAUUAUUAUUAUUAUAACUAUUAAUAACAUUAUUAUUAUUAUUAUUACUAUUAAAUGAAUAAUAUUAUUACAUAUAUUUAAUUAUGAAUGAAAAAACAAAAAACACAAAAAUCGUAAACCGAAAACCAUAAAACAAAAAAAAAAUAUUAACAUGUAUUGCAUUUUGGUGGCAGAUGUAGCAGUAGAAAUAAUUAAUUUUUACUAGGCAAAUUACUUACAUUUGAAACAAAAUAACAAAAAUCAGAAAAACAAAACAAAAAAUAUUCUAUAUAUAUAUAUAUAUAUACAUAAAUUAAUAUAUUAAUAUUUAAAAUAACAACCAACAACAACAACUAAAUAAAAUUAUACCAAAGAUUAAAUAACAACAAAUGCUUAUUCCCAAACCAAAAUUUAACAAACCAAAAACAAAAUGAAAAAAUGGAAGAAAACAAAAAAAACAUCCAAAAAGACAAAGAAAAAAAAUAUAAAGUAAAAUAUAACACCACAAGAAAAAAAAUUUACAUACAUGUUGUUUCCCUUUCUUAUCACAAUUUGGUUAAUUGGAUUUAAUUACUUUUAUUCGCCAACCGUGGACAAUGUGCAUUUGUUUAUAGAUUUGCAUUGUAGUUAGUAGCUACGACACAAUAACAACAAAAAAUGCAUAGCUUGUAAGUUGUUUUUUUUUAAUAUUUUAGUUUUAAAAAUGUUAUUUUAAGUUAAGCAACUAUGAAAAAAUCCUCUUUGGGUUUCUUCGCCAAGGCUAGAAAGGUUCAUAAAAAGUAUUCGCCCAACAAGGUACAUAUCUUAACUUUAUAUUUGGGACACUGUGACAUCUUUAAUCCAUACAAGGGGCAGCACAUAUUAACGAGGAACUGCAAUCCAGUUUAAUUUAUCAGUUAAAAUUUAAAAAUAGCAGUAAAUAUAUUUUUGCAGUGUCAUUAUUGUUGAAUAAACUAUUACAUUACAUUACAAACUA